AUGACAUCAAAUACUUUAUUUCAAGAAUUUGCGAAUCAAAAUGAAAUUAUAAAACGUAUUCAAGAUUUACCUAUUAGUAGAAAUACUGUUACAGAACGAAUUUUAUGUAUGGGUGGUGAUAUAUCAAAUCAGCUUCAAACUGAUUUAGCUUCAGCAGACUUUUUUUCGAUUUGUCUUGAUGAAAGUACAGAUGUAACUUCUCAGGCUCGUUUAGCAGUUUUUGUUCGAUUUAUUAGUGUUAAUAUUAUGAAAGAAGAAUUAAUAAAAUUAAUAACAAUUUCUACUAAAACAACUGGUCGUGAUAUUAUGGAUGAAGUACAUAAAGAGUUUAUAAAUUUAAAAAUCAAUAUUCAAAAUAUUGUUUCAAUAACUACUGACGGGACUCCAAAUAUGGUUGGUAAACACAAUGGAUUUAUUAAACUUUUUUCCAAUGAAAUUUCGCAUCCUGUUAUCAACUUUCACUGUAUUAUACACCAAGAAGCGUUGUGUGCAAAAUAUAGUAUGAAAUCGCUUCAAAAAGUAAUGGAAACUGUUACAAAAAUUGUCAAUUUCAUAACAUCUCGAGCUCUAAACAACCUACAGUUUGCUAAAUUAUUAGAAGAGGUCGAGUCGCAAUACAAUAAUGUUCGAUGGUUGAGUCGCGGGCAAGUUCUUCAUCGAUUUGUUGAAUUACUUGAAGAAAUACGUUUAUUUUUGUCGGACAAAUCUCAAGAUUAUCCAGAGCUCAAUGGUUUAAAUUGGUUGAAUGAUUUGAUGUUUUUCACAGAUUUUGCUGCAAUUUAUAAUGAUUUAAAUAAAAAACUCCAAGGCCGAGGUCAAACAGUUUUAACAAUGUUUGAUAAUAUUAAAAUUUUUGAAAAAAAAAUUGAAGUUUUUUGUAAAGAUCUACAAAAUGAAAAUUUGAAAUAUUUUCCUUAUUUGAAAAAGCAAUGA